AUGGCAGAGACUGAGGGCAACUUCAUGUUCUGGAACAGGGGUGGGUGUGGCUCCUGGCGAGGGGCGGGGCUGAGGGUGUUGUCCACUGCAGCUCAAAGGCUGGCCUGGGUAUCAGUCCAACCUGGGGCUCUCUGGAGUGGGCCAAGGGGGAGGAGAAGUGGCAAUGUCUACACUGUACCAGGUAGCUCGGGUCUCAGCCAGGUACCGUCAAGCUCAGUCAUUUUGCCCAAGCCUGUGGAAAUGUCAUUUGGUCUUCUCUGUGUGUUCUCCAUUGUGAUCUCCUUUCUCUAUAUUGGGAUACUAAUUAGCAAGAUCUUUGCUGCUCCACUUGAGGAGCUUGACAUUUUUGUCCCAGAGGAUGACGAUGAGGACGGUGAUUAACAGGGCACAGGGAGUGUAGGAGGAAGCACUAAUGAAGUGGUGGCAUGCUCAGCUCCUUCCCUGUCGGCCAAAGGGUCAAGGAAAGCCCUCAGCCUCACCUCCUCAUGGCUUGUGACAACAGCCCUGUGCUUUGGGACGUUCCCUCACAGCUGUCCACAGAGCACUGGAAAUAACACGUAAGCAAAUCAUGAGUAUAUAAUAAAUGAUCAUGUAUGAUUUAAAAAAAAA